UUUAGCUUCACGGGAUUGCUUUUGCUUUCUUGUUACUCGUCAAGUGGUAGAAAAGCAUCCAAAUAGAAGCCGAGGAGGAGCAUCUGUAUCAGUGUAGAGAGUGAUGGAGGGCAGCAGGUUGCUAUAAAACACGCGUUUUCCGCUUGCAGAGUGAGGUGAAGGGACCGCAGGUGCCCUUGCGGAAAAUUCCGUUUGCUCCAAGGGAAAGAAGAGGAGAGGUGAGGGAGGAAGAAACAGAUUAACAAAUGGCCAAGACGAGGUGAUGGAGUGUUGGAGGUGCUCAGUAAAUGACUGAGAUUGCCCGAGAGUGAAGUUCAACCUGGUGGUCAGCUGGUUUGAGGGAAAGCAGGUGUCUUCUCUAAAGUUUCAAAAUGGAGUCCACUCACCUCUUGGGUGGCUCUAAGAAGAAAGUAAAGAUCCACCCUCACACUGUUACAGCCAAAUAUGCCACCCACACACCCUAUGCCCCCCAGCCAGGAGUACACACACACUUUCCCCAACCUGGGGAUGAUGGCUAUGACGAUGCUCCAUCUUUUGAGGACUUUGGCUCAUUCGUGGAGGAGACGUCAGACAAGAAACAGCUGACAGAGAGCAGGAAGUGGCCCCUGACUCUUUUUGGCUCAAGACACAACGACAAAGAUACAGCGCACAAACUUCAAACCGUGGGGGGAGGAGAAGGGAGUGAGGGUAGUGCCAAAGCAGCAAAGGGGUCUGGGAAAGGGGUUGGGGAACAGCUAGCCAGUUUCGGCGAGGCUUCUGUGUCUGCAUCUCGACUCACCUGGGUGGGCCUGCUCGGUGCGGCGCUGGCACAUGGCAGCUUGAUUGUUCUGACCCGAGUGGCCUCGGAACGCUUCAGCCUCGGCCCCCUGUUUCUACUCUUGGUUCGGUCCAUCGUACAGCUCCUGUCUCUGGCUGUACCACUGCACAGGGGGGAGAACCCUUUUGGGCCCGAGGGCUAUCGACUACGUCUACUCUGUUACGGCAUCGCCUACUCCCUCUCCCUUUGCUGCGCCUACUCUUCCUUAACAUUCGUCUCUCCUGGAAAUGCUACAACAACCUGGCGCCUGGCGACCACGGCGCUAUCAGCGACCCUUGCCUUCCUGCUCUUAGAAGAGAGGCUGGGAUUGGCUGAUGGGAUCACCAUAGCUGCAGGGCUGUGUGGCUUGGGGCUUGUGUUACUUCCUGCAGUAGAUGAGACCAAUUCAGAUUCGCCAACUGAUCCGGCUGUGUUCUGGAGGGGUGCAUUUGGAUGGUCUCUUUCAGCGCUUGCAGGGCUGUGGAUGGCUCUAGCAUUGGUUGGGUAUCGUUCCCUGAAGGAGAGGGUGGGAGUUGGGACUGCUUUGUUCACAGUAAGCUGGACAGGCUGCUUACUUGCCCCAGCCUCUCUGGCCCUGCUACAAGAGGGCUGGUCCUGGCCAAUGAGUGUUGAAGCCUGGUUGCUGGUCUUGGGCCUCGCAGCCUGCUCGGUCGUAGCCUUCCUGGGAAUGACGCACGCCCUCACCCGACUCCACCCGGCUCUGGUUUCCGCCUCUCAGAGCUUGGAGAUACCCAUCGCCAUGCUCCUGCAUCUGGCUGUACUGCCACUGGCUCCCACUGCACCAGAGGUCGUGGGGAGCGUGAUGGUCAUCCUGAGUGUCUGUUGGCUGGUAGCAAUGAAGCUGCUCCCCUCUCGAGUUGGUGGGCGUCGGCCGAGGGAGGAGUAUGAGGAGAUUCUGGACUCUCCCAUCAAAUAGACACCUCCUCUCACCUUGCAGCACUGUCGCUCUUAUCGUUCAAUUGCUCCUUCAUGAGAUUGUUUCCAGUGUACACGAGAGACUUCUAAGUGUUUAUUGAAGCUUUUUUUGGUAUCAUCCUCUUUGCUUUUGGAAAAGUGCCAACAUGGUGUUGUCUGUUACAGUGACCAAGUGAUGUGAUAUUAAAAUCUCUGAUGAACACAGCACAUUUCUGUAGCCACUUGUAAUCACUAUCACCCUCUUUUCCCCCCACCCCACGUGUGUGUGUGUGUGUGUGUGUACUGAGAACAUUUAACAAUCAAUGUGAUGUCAAUCACUUUUUGCUGCCAACUGAGAUUUGGCCAAGGACUGCUGCCAUCUAUUUGCCUCUUGGCUGCCAGCAAGACUUAGAGAAAAGAACAGAAAAAAAAAAAACCCUGGAAGAUUGGAGGCUAGGGAGAGGGGCAAGACACACAAUCAGAGGAAAACAAAUGAGGACAGAGGGAGAGAAGAUGAUGGGAUUGGCAUACAGAUAAGGAGCGGGUGGGUGGGCGGUGGAGGGGUGAUGGCCGAUGACAAAGCAGAGAUGAAAGGGAAGCAGCAGAAUGAGAGGAAGUCAGGGUAGCAAACAGGGCUGAUGGUGGUUGGUUAUUGUGGCGUGUCUGGCCAGCUGGCUGAUAGAAACACUGUUUCGUGUGUUGGGGAACGGUUAUUGUGUCUAAUAACGAUCUGCAUGACACAUAAGCACCAUCACUACAUUUCUGGGUUGUUCCUCGUCUGUUUUCCUCAUCGUUAACCUCCUGCUUUUCUCUUUGUUGCUCUUUUUCUCUGGAUAUAACUUCCAUUCACCAAACCCCCCCAUCGCACAUCGCACAGAUGGAGACUUUUAAUGAAAACAGGUGCCUCCACACUGAACAGACUAGCGUGUCUCUGUGCGUAUGCCAGGUACCGCUGUGAAACAGGUGUAAAAGAAUUGAUAGGCGAUAUAACUUCUACACUCCUCUCCAUCUUGUUAGUUGUGUCAUCCAAGGAAACGCCUCCCAAAAAACAGUCUAAUCCUGCAUUUAGUUCUCGAGGCAGCUGUAGAUUUAAAAAGAAGCUUUCAUGCCCACAAACACUU